AUGAAAAGUUUUUUCCUAGUUGUGAAUAUCCUGGCAUUAACCCUGCCUUUCUUGGGUGCAGAGGUGGAAAACCAGGAACAAAGAUGCUGUGAGACUGACGAAAGAGGCUUCAAUCCCAACACAGUCAAAUAUAUUCCAAGUCAUUAUGUGUGGAAGAGCUAUCCUCACACUAAACCCAGUUACUACCAAUAUAGACCAGCUGUACCAAUUAAUAACCAAUAUGUGCCUUACCCAUAUCAUGCAAAACCAGUUUCAGUUAGGCCACAUGCCCAAAUUCCUCAAUUGCAAGUCCUGCCAAAUCUCUACCCACUCACUGUGGUACAUCACUCAUGCCUACAUCCAUCACUUAUUGCCAGUCCCCCAAAGAAAAUUCAGGAUAAAACAGACAUCCCUACCGUCAAUAACAUUGCCGCUGUUGAGCCUACUCGCAUUCCUACCAGUGGGCCAAUAGCGAGCACUGUGCUUAGUGAAGAAGCUUCCUCAGAAUUCAUCACAAGCACGCCUGAGUCUAUCACAGUCACACUUACUACACCCAUCGCCUAA